UCCAACAUCCAUAAACUCUUCAUGAAGCUCUUGAACCUCGUCUCCGUCAGCAACGCUUCCUACGCUUUUGCCAGUGAGAUCCAAUAUCGCUUCGUCCUUCUCCAUGCUCAUCUCUUCACCACCGUUGGGAAUAUCCAACGUCUUCUCUCUUUCACCGCUACCACCAUUCUUCUUCCCACCCUGCUUGAUACCAGGAGCAGAGAUUCCGCACCUUUUACAUGCUUUCCAGGUCAAUUCCUCCGCCUUCCUCGAUGCUAGCCACUCCAGGCACCAUGCGCACGUCACGCACGCACAAGCUGUGGUCGUCACGAACUGUCGCUUAUGGCUGGGAUCGGUAGACGUUUUACACGCACCGCAGACGAGCUCGUCUUGUGCUGUGGAGAGCGAAGACUUGUUGCCGUCGCUAUUCGAUGCUCUGGAUGUUGUCUCGUCGGGGGCGUGAUCAACGGGGCAUGUGUCGGUUGCUGUGGGACGGUGGUGUGCGAAGUCGAAGUGAGAGAGGGUGGGGAUGUUGGCCGUGUUCGUGCUUGUUUCGUCCAAGUAUUCGUAGUACUGGCUUAUCGUGGCAUCGAUUUGAUCUGGCAUUUGUUGGUCAGUGCUAUGCGUCAGUAUGGCUUUUUCGCCGGCAUUCCAUGGUGAUCCUGCCAUCAUGUAAGUAGAAUGAUUGUACACGAACAGUCUC